UUGAGGCAAGAUGGCGGCGCGGUGCUUGUGGAGGGGGCUUUGCCAGGUGGGGAGUGUUUCCUGGGGCCAGCCCUGCUCGGUGGUGUCCCUUUAGCUGCGGGUUAGGGUUCUGUGACGUGGGGCCGCUCUUCUGCCUGCCGCCCUCCGUGUCGGUGCUCCGGAAUGCCUUGUUUUGUUGUGUGUUGUCGUAAUCGUUGCUCUGGUUGUAAGCGGGCGACGAGAAGCAAGUAACUGCGAUCCGGAGGUCUUGAACCGAGCUUAUUUCUGAUCUUAAAGCUUCUGGUUUUGAGCCUUCAGUGUGAAAGCUGGGAAAUCUUUUCAAAUAUAAGGGAUCAUCUUUUCCUGUCGAUUAUGCAAGCAGAGUUAUGCAAAAGCAGCGUUUUCUUCCAAACUUUGACUUGGUGAGAGUACGAUUCUCUGGAUCCCAUGUUCAUACUCAGGAGCCUAAGACUAAUCCUCUGGUGUCUAUUUCAGAUGAACCUGAAACACUGUACCGGAGACUGUCCCUUUUAGUUAAAGGCCAUGAUAAAGCUGUGUUGGACAGCUAUGAAUAUUUUGCGGUGCUUGCAGCUAAAGAACUUGGCAUAACUGUUGAAAAAAUACAUAGGCCUCCAAAGAAGAUAGAGCGACUUACACUUUUAAAAUCUGUACACAUUUACAAGAAGCACAGAGUUCAGUAUGAAAUGAGAACGCAUUAUACCUGUUUGGAGUUAAAACACCUAACAGGCAGUACUGCUGCGGUGUACUUAGAGUACGUUGAACGAAACUUACCUGAAGGGGUUGCCAUGGAAGUAAAAAAGACUAAGAUAGAGAAAAUACCUGAACACAUCCGGGAGCCAGUUUGGGAUACACUACCUCAAGUAGAAGAAACAGAAGUCAAAUCGUGAAUUCACCAGGUACUUGGCUGUUAGUGCUGGAACUAGUUGCUCCUAUCAACCUAAUUUACUAAGACAGUCUACUGAUAAAUAAAAGUCCUGUUUUAUAAAAUAA